ACGAGCUUAGUCUCAGCAACGUAUUUAUAUAUCGUAGCAUUGUAGCUCCGCAGCACAAUACAGCGUUCAGUAUGAUAAAGUUGUUGUUUGUGUUUACUUCAGCAGUAUGUCUGGACUUCUUCAUACUGUAUUUUCUGGGUCUGGUGGGGAGGCGCUGGGGGUCUCUGGAGGUGGUGGAGAGAGUGAGCGGAGGAGAGACAGAGCUGCUGCUGAGACAGUGGCUGGAGUCAGGGCUGAGAUGGGCUCUGCUGAGCGGAGGAGCAGCGCUGCUCUGGAAGCAACAGCAGCAGGAGGAGGAGAGAGGGCCGCUGGUGAGGAGGUGGAUUUUAGCGCACUGUUUCAUCGCUCCGGUUUAUGAAACCGGCCGCUUAACUCUGUUCGGGAACUUUCCGCUGGAGAAGCUCGACACGUGGCUGGUCGGGAGCGCCGCCGCUGCGCUGGGAUGCUUGUUCUGGGAAACUCUUCUGCCCGACUCGAGCGGAGGAAGUACCGGAGGAGGACAGCAGAAGCAGAAGGCUCGAGUUCUCUUCAUGAGGGUCAUCCGCUUCUACAGACCCGACUAUCUGCUUAUGAUCGGGGCUUUUGUGUUUCUCACGCUGGCCGUCCUCUGUGAGAUGUUCAUCCCACUGUACACAGGAAAGCUGAUUGAUAUCCUGCGAGUUGAGCAACACUGGGAUGAUUUCCGAUCAGCAGUAAUAUUAAUGGCAGUGUUUUCUAUUGGAAGCUCCUUCAGUGCAGGCUGUCGAGGAGGUCUUUUCAUGUGUGCUAUUGGGAGCUUCAUUUGCAGAGUGAAGCUGCAGCUCUUCGGCUCCCUGGUCAGGCAAGAAAUUGGCUUCUUUGAGAGAACAAAGACAGGUGACAUCACAUCAAGAUUAUCUACAGACACCACCCUGAUGGCUCGAGCUGUUGCCCUAAAUGUAAAUGUGCUAUUGCGGACCCUGAUUAAAACCCUGGGAAUGCUGUACCUGAUGUUCAGCCUCUCCUGGAAGCUCACAUUACUGAUGCUGAUGGAGACACCUUUAACUGGGCUUUUACAGAACAUCUAUGACACACACUAUCAGAGACUCUCCAAGGAGGUGCAGGACUCUGUCGCAAGUUCUAAUGAUGCUGCAGGAGAGGCAGUGUCAGGCAUCAGAACAGUGAAGAGCUUUAACUCAGAACCAAGUGAGCUGCAUCGUUAUAAUAACCGUUUGAUGGACACCCAUAAUCUAAAAACUCGGCGGGGCACUGUCAGGGCCGUGUACCUGCUGGUAAGACGGCUGAUAGGGUUGGGAGUGAAUGUGGCUAUGCUACAUUAUGGCAGACUGUUUAUCCAGCAUGGACAGAUGACCACAGGGAGUCUGGUCUCAUUCAUCCUCUACCAGUCAAACCUGGGGCGCAACAUUAGGACCCUGAUAUAUAUAUUUGGAGAUAUGCUGAACUGUGUGGGUGCAGCAGGCAAGGUUUUUGAGUACCUGGACCGCAAACCUGAAGUGAGCACUGAUGGGACUCUACAGCCAGAAAAGCUGGAAGGGCAUGUCUGCUUUCAGGAGCUCACAUUCUCCUAUCCAACACGGACAGACCACAACGUUCUGGAGGACUUUACUCUGGAACUAAAGCCAGGUCAGACGACUGCUCUGGUAGGGAUUUCUGGUGGAGGGAAGAGUACCUGUGUGAGUUUACUGCAGAGGUUCUACCAGCCUCACCAUGGACAGAUCCUACUAGAUGGACAGCCUCUACAGAACUACCAGCAUAAGUACCUGCAUAGCAAGGUUGUUGCUGUGGGCCAGGAGCCUGUUCUCUUUUCCGGUACAGUACGUGAGAAUAUUGCGUAUGGCCUACCUGACUGCUCGCUGGAGAGAGUUCAGGACGCAGCCCGUAAAGCCAAUGCCCAUGAAUUCAUCUGUGAAUUAAAUAAAGGUUAUAACACAGAUGUUGGUGAGCGAGGAAACCUUCUUGGUAGCAGCCAGAAGCAGCGCAUUGCCAUCGCCAGAGCUCUGAUUAGGCAACCGCAGGUUAUCUUACUGGAUGAGAUCACCAGCUUUCUGGAUGCAGAAAGUGAACAAAUGGUUCAAAAAGCUCUGGCCAACUGCUCCAACCACACGUUACUGGUGAUUGCUCAUAGACUGAAGACCAUCGAGAGGGCAGACCAGAUCAUUGUGAUUGAUCAGGGAAAAGUGCUGGAGCAAGGCACUCACCAGGAACUCAUGGAGAAGAAGGGACAUUACUAUAAACUGAAAGAGAAACUGUUUGCUGAUGAUAGUACUCACGCUCAAGACAAAACUCGGAAUUUUUUGCAGCAUUUAGCCUGCAGCGUUUCCUCAGCUGGGUUCAGUAUGAUAAAGUUGUUGUUUGUGUUUAUUUCAGCAGUAUGUCUGGACUUCUUCAUACUGUAUGUUCUGGGUCUGGUGGGGAGGCGCUGGGGGUCUCUGGAGGUGGUGGAGAGAGUGAGCGGAGGAGAGACAGAGCUGCUGCUGAGACAGUGGCUGGAGUCAGGGCUGAGAUGGGCUCUGCUGAGCGGAGGAGCAGCGCUGCUCUGGAAGCAGCAGCAGCAGGAGGAGGAGAGAGGGCCGCUGGUGAGGAGGUGGAUUUUAGCGCACUGUUUCAUCGCUCCGGUUUAUGAAACCGGCCGCUUAACUCUGUUCGGGAACUUUCCGCUGGAGAAGCUCGACACGUGGCUGGUCGGGAGCGCCGCCGCUGCGCUGGGAUGCUUGUUCUGGGAAACUCUUCUGCCCGACUCGAGCGGAGGAAGUACCGGAGGAGGACAGCAGAAGCAGAAGGCUCGAGUUCUCUUCAUGAGGGUCAUCCGCUUCUACAGACCCGACUAUCUGCUUAUGAUCGGGGCUUUUGUGUUUCUCACGCUGGCCGUCCUCUGUGAGAUGUUCAUCCCGCUGUACACAGGAAAGCUGAUUGAUAUCCUGCAGACUGAACACCACUGGGGUGAUUUCCGCUCAGCAAUAAUAUUCAUGACGGUGUUUUCUUUCGGAAGCUCUUUCAGUGCAGGCUGCAGAGGAGGUCUCUUCAUGUGUGCUAUUGGGAGCUUCAUCAGCAGAAUGAAGCUGAAGCUCUUCGGCUCCCUGGUCAGACAAGAAAUUGGCUUCUUUGAGUCCACAAAGACAGGUGACAUCACAAGCAGAUUAUCCACAGACACCACCCUGAUGGCUCGAGCUGUAGCUCUAAAUGUAAAUGUGCUUCUGCGGACCUUUAUUAAAACCAUGGGGAUGCUGUACCUGAUGUUCAGCCUCUCCUGGAAGCUCACAUUACUGAUUCUGAUGGAGACACCUUUGACCGGCCUGUUACAGAACAUCUAUGACACACAUUAUCAGAGACUUUCAAAGGAGGUUCAGGACUCCAUUGGAAGAGCCAAUGAUGCUGCAGGAGAGAGUGUAUCAGGAAUUAGAACAGUAAGGAGCUUUAACUCGGAGCAGAAUGAGUUGCGUCGAUAUGAUGGCAGGCUAAUGGACACCCAUAAUCUGAAGACUCAACGGGACACAGUCAGGGCAGUGUACCUGCUGGUGAGACGGCUGAUAGAGUUGGGAGUGAAGGUGACUAUGCUACACUAUGCGAGGCUCUUUAUCCAGUAUGGACAGAUGACCACAGGUAGUCUGGUUUCAUUCAUCCUGUACCAGUCAGACCUUGGGGACAACAUUAGGACUCUGAUUUACAUAUUUGGAGACAUGCUGAACUGUGUGGGUGCAGCAGGGAAGGUUUUUGAGUACCUGGACCGCAAGCCUGAAGUGAGCACUGAUGGGAAUCUACAGCCAGAGAAGCUAGAAGGGCAUGUCUGCUUUCAGGAGCUCACAUUCUCCUAUCCAACACGGACAGACCACAAUGUUCUGGAGGACUUUUCUCUGGAGCUGAAGCCAGGUCAGACGACUGCUCUGGUAGGGAUUUCUGGUGGAGGGAAGAGUACCUGUGUGAGUUUACUGCAGAGGUUCUACCAGCCUCAGCAUGGACAGAUCUUACUAGAUGGACAGCCUCUACAGGAUUACCAGCAUAAGUACCUGCAUAGCAAGGUUGUUGCUGUGGGCCAGGAGCCUGUACUGUUUUCUGGUACAGUACGUGACAAUAUUGCCUAUGGACUAUCUGGCUGCUCACAGAAGAGCAUUGAGGAGGCAGCCCGUAAAGCCAAUGCCCAUGAAUUCAUCUGUCAGCUCCAGAAUAAAUAUGACACAGAUGUUGGUGAGCGAGGAAACCUUCUUGGUAGCAGCCAGAAGCAGCGCAUUGCCAUCGCCAGAGCUCUGAUUAGACAACCGCAGGUUAUCUUACUGGAUGAGAUCACCAGCUUUCUGGAUGCAGAAAGUGAACAAGCGGUUCAAGAAGCUCUGGCCAACUGCUCCAACCAGACCUUACUGGUGAUUGCUCAUAGACUGAAGACCAUCGAGAGGGCAGACCAGAUCAUUGUGAUUGAUCAGGGAAAAGUGCUGGAGCAAGGCACUCACCAGGAACUCAUGGAGAAGAAGGGACAUUACUAUAAACUGAAAGAGAAACUGUUUGCUGAAGAUAAUACUAAACUUCAAAAUUAGGAAACAUUGAAACAAAUAAGGCAUUGAAAUCUUACCAGUCCAUAAUACAAUCAUAAUAACACAUAUCUACAGAGUGAGUCAAAGGUUGCAGGACAUCCUUUUAUUUCAGAAAUGGAAUAUGGCAUUUUCCCUUUCCCUUUGCUUUAUUUCCCUUUCGGUUUUAAGCAUCUUGAAAAUUUGAACAGCGCUCAAUCUGAACAGUGUUUUAUUUGCUGAGAAAAGCACUAAUAUGACAAUAAUUCCAAAUAAUAUUUAUUUUUAAAAGUGAUACGUCAUUUUCUGUGCUUUUUGGAAAAUGUACAAAUUUAUAGAAUUUUAGCACUGUCACAAAAGAGUUGAGGUGAAACAUGGCUUUGUUAGCAUUUUUGUUCAAAGUACCAGAUACACUUCAACUAAAGCUUUCAUUUCUACAUUUUACUUAGCGUACACAGAAUUUUCCUGUGUACCAUCAUAACCAAUCUGAAUCUUUAUUUCAGCAUCAGGUAGGAAAACAUAGUAAAAUCCAGUGAUAGAAUGCCCCAAAUCUCUGUUUCAUCUCGAGGUGGGACAACAGAAACACAAACUCACUGAGAGUACCAAUCAGAAUCAUUCUGUUUUUGAAGGGGUGAGAGGUCAAAAACAAUAAAAUCAGCUUUCUGGGCUAAAAUACAGUAAAAUGGUGACUAUUAUCCCAAAAUGCAAACGUAAAGCGAGAAUUUUCUUAUACUUGGAAAAUAUGAUCUCUUCAUGGCCUAGAUUAUCUACUAAAUGUCCCUUUGCCUUAAGGUUGAACAUUUAAUGCCUUCUAAGAUGUUAUUCUGCUUGCGAGAAUUGGUGAAGUGUGGUUAUCGAGUCUGAGUUACUGUAGCCUUUCUGUCAGCUUGAACAAGUAUGACCAUCCAGUGUUGACAUCGCUCAUCAACAAGCGCUCAUCCUUGAUGUUUACUGGAUGUAUUUUUUUUCUUUUAACACCAUUAAUUCUAGAGACUGUUGUGCUAAUAAUGCAGGAAAUCAGCAGCUCUGUAAAUACUAAAUUAAAUGGUUGAUGUGAAUAUUAUUUCAAGCUGCUGGCCUAAAACUGCAUGAUUGUAUGUAUUGUAAUGCUGUUAGACGAUUGAUUGAUUAAAUCACUGUUUGAAUAAAAUGUUAAAUUUGUGAAAAUGAUCAAAUAUAAUUUCAACCGGUUGCCAUACAUCAGCAGUUUUGGGAAAAGUGUUUAAUGUUGUAGCAUAAAAAAAAUGUUAGCUCAUUUUAGGGUUUAUUGACUUAUUUUAUGUAGAGUUGCCCAGACACAGGAGGUGGUUCAGUUUAACUAUUGACUAUUUUUACCCCACUCUUCCCUAUUUUUGCUAAAUAAAUUAAGUGUAAUUCAAAUUAAAGAUGAUAUACAAAUGAUGCCAUUCAGGUUUUAUCUACAUAUAUGUACAAAGUGAUGCCAGUGCCAAAAAUGUGUAGCCACUUCUAAAGCAAAAUACUUUUAAUGUCCCUUGUUAAAACUAAAUACAGUAAUUAUAUGCCUCUGGAUAGUUUUCUACUGUGUAAACAUACUUGUCCAAAUUUUUUAAAUUUCAAAUUUUCCCCAAAUUUUUCUCUCUAAACACCAUGAGUGCGUUGAGUGGACAACUUAAGUGUGUCUGUGUUGUAUUCGUUGUGCACAGUUUAUCACAUGCCAGCAGUGGCCUAUUGUUUUGUAUUCCAUGUGAUAGUUCAGGAACACCCACAUUGCCAGACCUGUUUGUCUGCACCUGGCAGCUUUGUCAUGGUGUGGUCGGCCAUUUUGUGGCUGUUUUGGCAACGGCAUACUGGUUGAGAGAAACAAAAGCUGAAACAGGUUGGUGUAGGAAUCCAAAAUGGAUGAUUACAAUAAUGAUUCUUUUAUAGUGGUGUUAUUGUAUUGCAUUUAAUAAUUUUUACAAUUUCAUAUCAUCUGAUGCCAUUGUCAUUUUCAUAUUUGCUCAAUUUUCUAUGACAUAUUUAUUUUAUUCUAACAUAAAAAUAUAUAUCCUUAUGUUCAAAGUUUGCUUAUUCCAAAUUCAGAAAACAAAUAGGUGUGGAUAUUAUGGUUUCGUUUGUAUAUAUAAUGGCUCCAGUUUGCAGUAUGCAUGCCUAGUUUUUUUUCCCUGUUUAAAAUUAUGAAAUGAUUAAUA